UAAAUGGAUUUAGAAAGCAACGACUUCUUGGCAGAUGGUGACAAUCGCAAUGUGAAAUCUCGGUCUAAGAAUAAUAAUAAUAAGAGAAACAAUAAAGUAGAGACAUUACAAAGAGAUUAAUAAAAAUAAAAAAGGGAGGAAUAAUAACAUAAGGAUGAAGAUUGGUCAGACGAAGAAGAGAAGAAAAGUAAUGCCAAGAAGUUGGAACAGUAGUAAAAGAAAUUAAAACAAGUCUAGAAGCAAUUAGAAUAUAAGAAAGAUGAGGAAGAAAUGUAACCAAAAUUAAAGGGCAAAGAAAAAAGACAAGCUCAUGUACACGAUCUAUGAUCAUUAUUUUAAUAAUAUCAAUUCCUUAAUUUACUUAACAAUGC